AUGCCACGCAGGACGAGUCGGCCGGCCGCAAGAUCGACAAGGGCUACGCGUCAGUCUGCUCGUCAACUCCAAAAAACCGAAGAUGAUAUCCCAGAAGUCUAUGGCGACAUGCUCGCCGAAGCUGUCGCCGAGGAACAGGCGUCUGCCUCUGACCCGCGGCCCACCAAGCGGCGGAAGAUAAGCGAGGACCCGGCGGCUGAAAUCUCACUCGACUUUGAUCUAUUUGGCUCGUCGACAGAUGCCCAGGUCAUUGACAAUACGGGGCCUGCCAACGACGCGCCGCCGAAGCUUCAACAGGUCGUCUUCGAUGAUUUCGAGGUUUCGGACGAAUCCGAUGCUGAGUUCGAAGAUGUGGAUCUCGAGGCAGCCGUGAAUGAUGUUGUUGACGAUCAGCAACUCGAACAGAAGACUCUUGAGCUCGACUUAUCCAAGAACAGUACGCCGAGGCGUUCUAUACAACGACGCAAGCCUGUCGGUCUGGCAGAGCGCAGGUUUCGGUUGGAUGCACACAAGGCACACCUUGUGUUAUUGCUGGCGCACCUCAACUGCCGUAACAGAUGGUGCAACAGUGAGUCGGUGCAUUCCAUCUUGAAGCCUCUCGUACCUCGCAAAGUGAUCUCGUUACUUCACGUCGACGAGUCCAAGCCUCAGUACCAGAGAUCGCAUUCGUUCAACAAGGGUAUUGAGGAGGUCUGUGCCAUCUGGAGACAGCAAUGGAACAUUACCGCGCGAGGCAUGAAACGGGCUUUCUGGAGAGAUGACAUCGACGUUGUCAAGGAGAGUGACGAUGCGGAGGACUUGAUUGACUUUGACGACUUCAAGGCCGCAGCGGUCUCUCGCUCUGGUUCGAGAGAUCUGGGAGCCCAAUUAUUCUGCGCACUACUACGCUCAGUCGCAGUAGAUGUCCGAUUGGUAUGUUCACUUCAGGUCUUGCCGUUCUCUGCAAUUGCCAAAGGGCAAACUCCAGAAAAGCCCAAACCUCAAUACAUCUAUGCGCCUCCCCAGACUUUUGGUUCAGCCGCGAAAGACACGGACGUCACCACCAGAGUCGCACGGACGCCAAAUCCCAAGAAGAGGAAAAUUGUUGAAUCUCCGUUUCCCAUCUUCUGGGUCGAAGUCUUCUCUCCUUCUGUACAGACGUGGAUCCCGCUGGAUCCUCUCGUCCGCAACACAAUCAACAAGCCGAAGACCGGGUUUGAACCUCCUGCAUCGGACCAACUCAAUAGUAUGACUUACGUUGUUGCAUUUGAAGACGACGAAUCUGCUCGAGACGUCACGAGGCGCUACACUCAGUGGUACAACGCAAAGACACGAAAGCAACGGGUCGAAAGUACAAAGGGUGGCGAGAAAUGGUGGGAGGUGACAAUGAACGUCUUCCAGAAACCCUUUAGUGAGACACGAGAUGAGAUCGAGGAUGCGAGUCUGCUCAAGCGCGCCGAAAGUGAGCCCAUGCCGAAAAACAUGCAGGAUUUUAGAGGACACCCGGUGUAUGUUCUGGAACGGCACUUGCGACUGAACGAGGUCAUACAUCCUCGACAUGAGGUCGGUAAAGUGAGUGCUGGACCCUCGAAGAGUGCAAAGCUUGAGAGUGUGUUCCGCAGACGAAACGUACACGUUUGUCGGACUGCGGAUGCGUGGUACCGGCGUGGCCGUGAUGUCAAACAAGGAGAGCAGCCGCUGAAACGCGUAGUCCCUAAGAGACAGCGGAAUCAGGACGGCCCAAGUACCGAACACAUGGAGGAUGAAGACGAGGGCCUUCAAGGAAUGGCUCUCUAUGCUGAAUAUCAGACCAGCCUCUACGAGCCACCCCCCGUUGUCGAUGAGAAGAUUCCUCGCAAUGCCUACGGCAACCUGGAUGUCUACGUUCCGUCAAUGAUACCGGCUGGUGCAGUCCACAUUCGCCAUCCGCUCGCAUCAGCAGCGGCUCGCGUUCUCGGCAUUGACUAUGCAGAUGCAGUGACGGGAUUUCACUUCAAAGGUCGACAGGGCACGGCCGUUGUCGAUGGUGUGGUGGUAAGCAUGAAUAUGACCAACGCCAUGAUCAACGUGAUUGAGGGCUUAGAGUCCCAAGCGACCGAGGAGGUGCAGGAAGCGAGAACUAGAAUUAUUUUGGCGAUGUGGAAAAGAUGGCUCACUGCUUUGCGCGUGCAUGAGCAUGUACAUCGGCAAUACGGAGACCGCGGUCAUGGCACAAAGGACGACGCUGGUGGUGGUGCAGCAAAAGUCACCGUCUCUCGAGAAGAGGAAGAUGGUGGCGGAUUCAUGAUGGAUCAAGCAGACCUGGAUGAACGCGAAGCAUCUGUUGACACUGUUCCUUCAACGGCGCCAAACCUGAAACCACUCAACCAGCUUCUUCCCCCGAAAGUCGUGCAUCAAGAUGUGAUUGUUGUUAUGUCUCCGAACAAGUUCAGCCGACUGCCUUCCCCUGUUCGGACAAGGUCCCAUGACCGUAUCGUAGGGGAAUCACCAAAUGCGACCAACAGUGGCGGGAUGCUCCUUGAUGCGGACGACGCGGGCGGUGGCUUCAUCUCCGAGAAUGGUACGAGCCUGCACCGUCCAGCAAACCAAAGGCACGAACGUGCGGUUUCCCCAGAUGGUAAACUCCCCAACGAUGAAGCUGGUGGUUUCAUUGCCGAAGAGGACAAUGAAGGAGGUGGCUUCCUAGCCGAAGACGAGGAGGCAGACACCGAAUCCCAUAGGCGGUCUGUAACGGGUCAUGGCGACCCGAUCCAGGCAGCGGAAACCGCUGAGAUGCUAUUUGAGACACACUACGCGUCAAGCACCGAGAAGCUGAACAAAACCGGUGCGGGAAAUGCGACCGCGGCCGCUGCCGGAGAUAGCAGUGCCGAGCCCCGGAGCAUAUCGACCGGAGAAGGCGGAGGACGAAGAGAGGAUCCAGCAAUCUCGACGUGCUCAGUGCAAAUUCCUGAUGCGGAUGUCGUGGCGUUGUGUGGUCAGCCACGGUCAAUCAACGCCACGCUCGACCCGCCACAUCCGAGCCUUGGGAGCGGGGAGACGACCGCAGGUGAAGACCAAGGGGGAGAAGGAGGAGGAGAAGAAGAGCAAGCGAGAGGCCAAAGUUCGCGCUCUGGUUCUGGUUCUGGUUCUGCUACUGCCUCUGUGGCGGGUUCUCUGCUCUCCCACGACCCUGAAGAAGACGACGCCGAACCCGAGUGGCUGCUCAGUAGUUUGGGCGAGUUGGAUUAG